AAUGAGGAUACAGUUUUUGUGGCUGCAACGGAAGAAGAGAAGAAGAAGACGGGCGCGUUGCGUCAUCUCCGGCGCGCCGCGGCAAUGGAGGUGUUGCUGGAGCAGCUGGAGCGAUUCGCUGAGGUGCUGGCCGUGUCCCGCACGCGCCAUGCGAGCAGUUGGGGGCGCGUGGCCGUGCGCCGCUCGCUGUGCUGGGCUCGCUACCUCCGACACGUGCACGGACGCUUCCGCCUCCGCGGCCCGGUGCGGGCUGCGCUGGAAGGGAGGUUGCGGCGCCUGCGGCUGCGGCCUGGGCCCCACGGCCGGGACGCGGCCCACGCGGUCCCCUGCUUGGAGUCAGGGCCGCUGCGGAGCUUCGAGGGCCUGGGCUGCGGGGAGCAGCUAUUGGCGUUGGGGCUGCUGGAGAACGCGUCGCUGCCCAGCCCCGCGCUGCACGAGCUGCUCCAGCACCUGCGGCCUGAGGAGCCCGCGGAGCCCUCAGAGGAAAGCAGCGACGAGUGCGGCCUGGGAAACCGCCUAGCCGAGCUGGCCCGCCGCCGGGCCGCCUCCCAGCUGCUGCGGCCGCUGCUGGGCUCCAGCCCGGCCCAGCCUGAUCCCGUGCUCCGCCGAACUGAGGCCGAGCUGCUGCUGCUGCGGCUCCGCCAAGAGGCUGAGGCCGAGCCGGGAGCGGAGGCUCUGCUCCUGGACCGCCUCUGGCAACAGCUACCCCAGCCCCACUGGUUGACCGUGGUGGCCGAAGCGCUGCUGCUGCAGCCCACGCCUGGGCCCAGGGGGGAAGACUGCAAUUCAGACGAAGAUGACCCCGGGAGCCCAUCGGACCUGGGGCCGGCCACCGCCGCGCCCCUGCUGGCCUGGCUCCUGUCACGGCCCGCCCCAUUGGCCGCCCUCUGCCGCCUCCUGCCCGCGCCUCGGCUGGCCUCCCUGGCUGGCCGCCACUCCGACCUGGCCGAAGCCUGCCUGGAUUUGCUCUGGGAUUGGGCCAGCCACCUGCACUUCGACCUGACUAAGGGUGUCUGGGUCGGUUCAGACCCCGAGGGACUUACGUGGGAGCGCCUCCGAGACUGCUUCCGAUGCUUCUGCCAAGCCCCCGCCCCCCUGAGCAUUCAGGCUCGCAUCGCUUUGGACAGUUGCAGGGCCCGAGAUGGGGGCUUCGAAGCCCCGGGGCUCAGUGUGUGGACCGACCUAGAGCGAGAACUAGGCGUGGAGCAGCCCCCUGGAGAGGGCUGAGGUUCACAGCUCUACCCCCACACCCCGGCGCGCGCAUGUGUGGGCCGUUAUUGACCAGAACUGAGGAAAGUGCUCAGGUCCGCACAGCCCGGGCAGGGCCUCCAGGGCAAGUGGUCCCGGGCGCAAGAACUAACACUGGACCUCCAUCCCCAGUGUGCACAUCCUGGAUACGCCCCCGGUGCUCCAAACGACCCAAAUCAAAUCCCAGUUUUUCACUCCUUUACCAGCACUUUAAAUUAAGAAUACCUUUAACCGUUGCUAUAAUAUUUUUGACCAAAAAUGGCCUGUUUGAGAUGAUUUUAAAUGGGCUAAGCCUUCUGCAGUUAUUUAAAAGUUUUCCUUUACAUUGUUGCUCAUAUUUUUAAAAAAUCUUUCUGAAAAAAAGGAUUUAAAUUAAACCUAUAUCUUUUGGGCAGGCCCCAGAAAUUAUUCCAAUUCUGAUUUUUCAAAUAGAAUACAUUUUGAGUGGUGAUUGUGUGGAGGAUGAAUUUAGUAAAGUGUUCACAAAAGGAUUUUUUAUUAAAUUUUUUGUUGAUGCUUUAUAAUAUCACAAUCAUAUCUGGAAAUGUCUCUUCUUUAUGCAGUUGAACCCAGUCCCACAUCUUUUUAACAGAGAAAAAGUUAAACCAAAGCAAUUGAAAUUAGAUCUCUUCUAAUAA